AUGAAGGUGCAGCAGGCACUGAAGUUCUCCCGUAUUUGUGUGAGCCACUCACUAACUCGUUUAUUCUGGCGAGCACAGAACAAAAGGUUGGACCACAACGUGUUGGGCGGCGUCAUCAUCAGCGGGUGGAGCUUAGUGUUACAACGUGUGGUGAGGGCGCAGGCUGGUCGCUACACCUGUCACCCACAUAAUCCUGUAGGGGUCGGUGCCUCCAAUUCCAUCACUCUCGACGUCAAGUAUGCCCCUGUAUGCUCACCUGGUCAGGUCACUACAUACGCCGUUGGCCGCUACGAGGAUGCUGAGGUGACCUGCUCUGUGGAUGCCAACCCCAUACAGAAGUCCUUUCAGUGGACAUUCAAUAAUACAGCUGACACCAUAGAUGUCCCUCCUGGACGCUACACCUCCACCAAAAGCCAUAGUGUAAUCACCUACACACCUAUGACAUCCCUGGACUAUGGCACGCUCCUUUGUUGGGCUACGAAUAUCAUUGGUGUCCAACGGGAGCCCUGUGUCUUCCACAUCGUUCCUGCAGGUAAGCCAGAGCCACCUAGCAAGUGCAGAGUGGGGCGGGGUACACCCACCUCCGUAAGAGUGGCAUGUGAAGCGGGUAGCAGUGGUGGCCUCACACAACACUUCACCCUAUAUGCCCGUUUACAGCAGGGAGACCACAUUCUCAACUUCACAACCCACACCCUUCCAGUGUUCCAGGUUGAUGGGUUGAAGGUAGGAGGGAGGUAUUAUCUUACCAUCACUGCCGUCAAUGCCAAAGGUGCCAGCGAGGCAGUCCUCCUCACCAUCACCAGUGGUUCCUCCAACAGCUCUGUCUACCAGUUGUAUGAUGGUCCCUCUGAAGCUGAAGUUCGUGAUGGAGGCAAGAUUGUCUCUCCUGAAGACACCGAGGAACCUGAGGACGACAUCAUUGACCACAGAGCCCUUGGGAGCCUAGUCAUUCCUUCCUUGCUGCUGGUGGUCUUAGGAGUGGGUUCCGGUUUUGUAUUCCUGGUUAUUGUGUUACUUUUGUUCAUCACUUUCCGCAGCAGAAGGGCGCCACAGCUUCUCUCCUUGGCUGUCACUCACCACCACAAAGAAAUGGUAGAUCACCAUCACCACUCUGGCAAGUCUCCAAGAAGUAGUCGUACAUCCUCUACUUUAACUCCUGAUCGUGAAAGUUCUUGUCUGGAAAGAGAUAUGCAGGUGGAGACUGAGAGUGAUGCUGACCCAGAUGUGAUCCCCUUGCAUCAGUGUCAUAGUGAUGGUGGAGAGGGAGCUUCCCAACUGGUACCUCCACCAGCAACACUACUUCCCACAGAUGGCUACAAGUAUCCCUCCUAUGUCACUUCCCAGGGCUUGGGCAGACACAGCAGCACAAGACAACAGAGUAAGACAACUUCAUCAGCAGUAUUUAGAACUCCAGGAAGCUUCACUGGAUGCAACUACGCUAGAGGGUAUCUCCAUUACGAUCCAGCUUAUGUUCAGGAAGCCACAGAUUCCUCUAGUCUGUCUCUAAACAUCCCAGUCAUCCCUCCUACUGCCACCACCUCUGUCUGUCAAACUUCUUUGUUAGGAACCCAGCAGUUUCCUUGCCUAGAUAGCAACUUGCCACCACCCAUGGCAGACUACCUCGGCUCUGACAGGAAGAGAGUGUCCUUUGCCAGGCAUCUUAACUGUGAUGAUGACGCCCCCAGUACUCCACUCCUCAAGAAGGGGGAGAGUUGUGUAUGAUGGCAAGCCUUACGCAUUUGGCAAGAGAGAGUGACUGUAGUAAUAGAUUUUUUGUACAUGUGAAUUUGAUUACACUUUUAUAUUACUGGAUAUACCCUAUGAGUAUAUUCAUAGAACAAAGAACAGAUUUCCAAAGAUGAGAAUUCUUAGUAUUAAUAGCUUAAAUUUUAUUGCAAGACUACAAAUGACAACCAUAGAGAAUAUCUUUCCACUCUCAUCUCCACCAUCCAGUCAGCCUACCUCUAUCACACAAUGUAUAGAAUAAUUCAAACACCAGCUGUCUCCCACUGAGGUCACUGUCUUGCCAAAGGCAAGGUGGCAGCAUAGUUCAGACGACUCUCCAAACUGCAGUAUCCUCAUCCCUUCUUUCGAGUGUAGGCACUCCUACCUCCAGAAUUCAAGUCCAACUAAUUGGCUUUCUUGAAUUCCACUCAUGCUCUCACCCCAACAUGUAAAGUCAUAAAAAGCACUUGUCUUAACUUCAGUCUUACACACUCCCUACAAUCAAUCCUGGGAAAACUUCUACCCCUCCCUUCUCUCAUCCUAGUCUGCUCCAUCCUCUUAAAAUCCCAGAUCCCCUCAGCCCUCCGAAGUAUUCUCUUGGUAACCCCAUACUGUCUUCUUAUUUCCAGAUUCUUUGCAUAAUAUUUGCAACACACAUCACUCCCAAACAUGACUUCCCUAUUGCCUCCAGCUUCCUUGCUGCAACAUUUUAUGCUCAUGCUUCACUCCUAUAUAACUGUGUUGGUAGUUUUGUACUCUGGUCAUUCCCUGAUUUUACCUAUACAGAUAAAUUUCUUCAUCUCCACAGAAGUCUCAAUGCACCAUCCACCUUUUUUUCUUUGGUUCACAUCAUUUUUCAUAAAACUAUCUGCUGACAAGUUCACUCCAAAAAUAUGUGAACACAUUAUCUUCCUCCGUAGUCACUCUCUCUCCUAUCUGAUAUCCAAUCUUUCUCUCCCUAGAUCUCCCUGCUCUUUCCAAUAUUGGCUUUUACGUAAUUUCCUUCUUUGAAAUACUUUCCAAAAUUCAUCCACUAACAUUUGCAGCCUCUCUUCAGAAUCUCCCAGAACUGUCAUUGGCAAAAGGUAACUGACAACUCCCACUUUGUACCACACAUCUCCCCAAUACCCUAGCAUUUACUUCUUUUACAUCCCAUCUAUAAAUAUGUUAAACCAUCUUGACAUCUCACAUCCCUGUCUAAGGCCUAAUUUUACUGAAAUAUAAUUUCCCCCUCUCUCCUGCAUACCCUAACCUAAACCUCACUAUCCAUAUAAAAACAUUGUUUUUAGUAACUUAUCUAUUCCAUCCAUUUGCAACGUGCCACAUUGCUUCCCUAUCGUAUCUGUUAUAUGCCUCUUCAAAAUUCAUACAUGUAAAAAAAAAGUUCCUUAUUUUAAUCUAAGUAUUGCUAACUUAUAUGCUUCAAUGUAAACAAAUGGUCUACACAUCCCCUACCCUUGCUAAAUCUUUGUUCCUCCUUUCUGUCUUGUGUUACUCUUUCAAAAUUAAUUCUGGCAUAUACUUUUCCUAGUAAACUUACGUUCCUGUUCAAUUUUUCCCUUAUAAAAGAAUUAAGCAAACUCUGCCAAUCCUUAGGUACCUUCCUUCCUCUCAUCAAAUACUGAAAACGUACAUGAAAUAUAUCAAAACUAUAUUCCCACUUAAAUUUAGCAUCUGUCAUAAUUCCAUCUAUCCAAGUUACUUUACCCUCCUAUAAUUCCACCCAUUGCCUUGUGGAUUUUCCUUAUACUCGCAUCUGGCUUUUCUUUACUCCUUGAAGAGGUUAUACUUCUGCCCAAUGCAUGAAAUCAUUGCUUCCCUGUCUUCUUCAGUAUUUUGCAACUCAAAAUAUUCCCUCCAUCUUCCCAGUACCUCCUCUUCUCCAUCUAAUGAAGCCUCGCUUCUGUUCUGUAGACUUAACUUAUUAACCUCCAAAACUUAAUCAUUCUCAUUCAAAUUUGUUUAUAAAACUUUGCUCUCUCUUUCACUGGCUCUCAUUUUGCAUCCCCCUCAUUCUUUUACUCUCGCUCUUACUCUGCAUGUGCCCUGCCUUCUACAUUUCACUUCUGCAUUGUAAAAACCUUUCAUAUGCUAACUCUCCCUUAUCACCUUCUUUACCUCAUCAUUUCACCAUUCUCUCUUCAGACCUGCACCCACCCUCCUAUACCCACAAACAUCUGCUGUGCAAUAUCACUGCAUUCUUAAAUCUAUCCCAUACUUCUUAUACUCCUGCUUUCUCCUCAUUACAUGUUUGCUCUCUAGCUCACCUGGCUCCUAAUAAUUGAUUAUGCCUAACCCUUACUAUCUCCUUUAAUUUAUUAACUUAUGCUGUACUUCAUUCUUACCCAUUGAUGACAUUCGUCUUGUACCCCAUUUACCUCUUACUCGGCAUAUCUGCCACUAAAUAAUUAUCUGAUAUUUGUUGCCCCUUGUACAAACAUGCAUUUCUGUAAGUCUACCCAUCACCCUUUAAUCUACUAAUAUAUACGUACUCAAACAAAUUGCUGCCAUUUCACCUUGUAUUAUUAUUAUUAUUAUUAUAAUCAAAGUACUAAACAGACAAGGGCCGUGUAUUGCUGUACACCCUAUAGCAUAUCUCGUGUACUUAUUUAUCCUCCUUUUCUUAAAAGGCAUAUUGCCUAUUACCAAACAUCUUUCUAUACAUAGUUCAAUUAGAGGCCCACAUUAUUAUUUACUGCAGCAACAUGCCUAUUAAAAAAUCUGUCUAUUCACUACUGUUACAGGGUCACACAAGCCUGCUGGAUGCUCAAGCCCCUAUGAACAAAUGAAUGAAUGAACGAAUGAGAGUCUAGUUAAGACCCUUGUGGGGUGAGUGGGGAAGACGGGACAGGUGAAGAAUAGUUGGAGAGGAGUGUCCAGGGCUAAACCCAGGCUGUUCUAGCAGGCAGACAGUUGCUCAUUGGAGGGCAGCAGUUUUGGUUGCAGGAGAGGGCAGCAGACAAGAUCUCAGAAGAAAGCAGCACACUUGUAGAUGUUAUUUGUACUGUUAAUUAAGGUUGGGAUGUAGAAGAGCCAUUUUCAUACUUCUUGAAGUUGCUUCUGGAGAGGUGAUAAAAUUGUGUUUUGUUUCUAAAGAUGAAUUUGUGUAGCUUGGUGAACUUGAGUACUUAUGUUAGUGUGGUGACAUACAGGCAAAUUUGAGUCCCAGCACAGAGCUCUUUAUACAGCUCCAUGCAGAUCAUAGUAUCAACAUUAGAUUUAGAUGUGUAGGUUAGGCUAUCCCAUGUGGGUGUACUGGGAUGGGUGACUUUUUCAUCAUCUCCUUCACAAGAGGAUUCUGUAGGAGAGUCUUCAUGGGUACUGGCAGAUGGUUGUAAUUCAUCAGCAGUGGCGAGAUGUGUUGGUGGAUUGCUAGCUGGCUGAGAUUUGGGAGGCGGCAAUUGAGUCAGUAGAAUCUUCGUUGUCGUCGAUGGAAGCAGUUGGGGGUGGUACAGGAACAGUUUCUUGGGUAGAGGGAGGAAACACGACUGCAAGUGCAGUGAGGUUCACUACACUGGGUACAAUCUUGCAUUAAUAGUAGAGUUAAUAUACUAAGGUUUGCAGCUUUUGCAAGGUGUCCAUACACCAUGCAAUGCAGCACCUUGUUUCAGUGUCUGUAUUGACGACAAUGAAGGAGUCUUUCAACGAGUGAAUUGCCAUAAAUUUGACCUGUAAGCAGGUCAUUACAGUGGUAAUAGCCCUUGUGGCUUAGCGCUUCUUUUUUAUUAUAAUAAUAAUAAAUUACAGUGGUAGCUAAAACUAGCUUGGAGUUGUUAAUUACUCCAUAGGUGGCAAGGUCACGGUGCAAAUGGGGGAAGCCCCUACAACUCAAACCCUCUUAUACCCCUCCCCCUUCCUCCAACCAUUCCUAGGAUAACCCUUGCCCCUUCAACCUUCCAUCCUAGAUUUAUACACCCAUUUCAUCACCCUAUCCUUGUCCAUCCUCUCUACUGUGCAUGCCCAAACCACAUCAACAACCCCUCCUCAGCUCUCUAAUUUAUACUCUUGGUCAUCCCACAUCUUUUAAUUUCUGCACUCCAAAUGCCCUGCAUGAUAUAUACAUCACAGGUGGCACUCAAACAUUUCUAGCCUCCUUUUCACUAAAGCAGUCAAAACCCAUGCCUCACACCCAUAUGAAAGAGUUAGUACCAUUAUAUUCUUGUACAUUCCAUUUUUGGCUACCAUAAAUAAACUUAUUUCUUUCCACAGAUACUUCAGUGCACCACCCAUCUUUUUCCUUUCACCUAUUUUGUGGUUCACCUCAUCUUUCAUAGAUCUAUCUGCCGACAUAUCCACUCUAAAAUAUCUAAACACAUCCACUUCUUCCACUUUCCCUCCUUCCCACAAGUUGCCUGAUAGGAAAUUUUAAUAUGUCAGACAUACUGGCCAACUUAUUGCUACUCACGCAGGAGACUUUGAAGUUAGGUGACCUGACUGACUCCAGUGACCAGACACCUUUCACACCUGACUUUCCUGUCCCUAUGUAUGCUAUAAAUCUCUCGUGCUCUGUAUUGAAUUAUUAGUAUUAUUUGUGGGAAAGUGCUAAACAGGGGUUACAUAACACCUGGAGAAUGGGAGACAAUCAAGUUUGAUCAGAGGUAAGCUCCAAUUCCUCAGAUAAAAAGCCUUUACCAGCAUCAAGGCACCUCCCUUAAGGGCCUGCAUUGUAUUUCUUAAUAAAAUGUUUGUGUUA